AUGACACUGAGCAGUGUCGCCAACCUGGACUUUGAAGCCCGCGUCCCGGUUCCCUUCAGCAUCUUCCCGUCUUCGUAUCGGGAAACUGAGCCCGCUGCCACACAAACACAGACCCACGAAGAGCUAGAGAUCAAACUCCCCCACCACGCCGGACGGGAGGGUCAACACUCUUCUUUCCAAGCCCAAGUCGAUCUUCCUCCUCGUGGAGAGCGUCGCUUCAGUGAAGAAGAGGUCCGCAUUACUCGUGAAGAGGAGCGAUACCGCCGUCCCGGCAUCCGCGAAGAGCACCGCAGGCCCGAAUCCUCCUACGCAGAGUCGCGCAUCGAGUUCGACACCACUCAUCGCCCCCACAACACUGUCAUCGACGUUGCCGAACGUGAAUAUCGCUCUCGCUUCCAGCCCAAUUAUCGUGAAGAGGUUCGCGUGUCCGGUUCUACUGUCGACGGUUCCAUCCGCCGCCCCGCCUACAAAGAGACCAUCCACGUCGACGCCACCACCGUUGACGCCCCUAGCUACCGCCCCCAGUACCAGCAGUCAACCAGCGUAACCGGAAUCACCGUCGAUCCUCCCGCUCCUCGUCCCGUCUAUCACAAGGACAUUAAGAUCACCGAAGAGACCGUUGACGCUCCCCGUCACGCUUCUCACCGCCACCAAGUCAAGAUGGGUUACUACGACGAAGACGGUCACCACCACUCUUUCCGUCACGGACUUCACAAGUUGGCUGACCGAAUUGUUCACCCUGAAGGCCAUGACCGCGUUGAGGUUUCCGAGGUUCGCGAGUCUCGCGCUACCAGGCGCACUUCAGAGGACACUGCGGCGCCCAACACUGUGACCAUUCCGUCUCACCACAUCCGUCUCGGUGACAUCCUUAUCCUCCAGGGCCGCCCCUGCCAGGUGAUCCGGAUUUCGACCUCUUCUGCUACUGGCCAGCACCGUUAUCUUGGUGUGGAUCUCUUCACCAAGCAGUUGCACGAGGAGUCGUCGUUCGUGACCAACCCUGCCCCCAGCGUCGUCGUCCAGACCAUGCUUGGUCCUGUCUUCAAGCAGUACCGCGUUCUUGAUAUGCAAGAUGGUAGUAUCGUGGCCAUGACUGAGACUGGCGAUGUCAAGCAAAGCCUGCCCGUCAUUGACCAGAGCAGCCUGUGGACCCGUCUGCAGAAGGCAUUCGAGUCCGGCCGUGGAAGCGUUCGUGUUCUCGUCGUCAGCGACCAUGGCCGCGAGAUGGCCGUUGAUAUGAAGGUCGUGCACGGCUCGCGCCUUUAG